GGCUGCCUGGUGGCGGGUUCUGCACUGUUGGUGCAAAGUUUGAAGACGUGUAAAAACAGGGCAGUGGUCAAGGCACAACUUGGUUCAAACUUUCAAAGUUUUUUUACUCAAUAAUUAACUUUUGUAACAAUUGGCGAUUAAGGAUGUCUGUUGCCGGAUUUAAGAAGCAGUUUUACAAAGCCAGCCAGUUGGUCAGUGAGAAAGUUGGAGGUGCCGAGGGAACCAAACUAGAUGAGGACUUCAAGGACCUCGAGAAGAAAGCGGACAUCACCAGCAGAGCAGUGCUGGAUGUCAUCACCAAAACCUCAGAGUACCUCCAGCCCAACCCGACCGCCCGGGCCAAGCUCACCAUGCUCAACACGGUGUCCAAGAUCCGUGGGCAGGUGAACAGCCCCGGCUACCCACAGUCGGAGGGCCUGCUAGGGGAGAGCAUGGUCAAGUUUGGACGGGAGAUGGGCGACGACACUAACUUUGGGGGGGCGCUCUUGGAUGUGGGGGAGUCAAUGAAGAGGUUGGCAGAAGUGAAGGAUUCGCUGGAUAUCGAUGUCAAACAGAACUUUAUUGAUCCUCUGCAGGCCAUCGCUGACAAGGACAUCAAAGACAUCCAGCACCACCUGAAGAAGCUGGAGGGCCGCCGGCUGGACCUGGACUACAAGAAGAAGCGUCAGGGGAAGAUCCCUGAUGAGGAGUUCAGGCAGGCACUUGAGAAGUUCCACGAGUCUAAAGAGCUGGCGGAGGUCUCCAUGCACAACCUGCUGGAGACGGACGUGGAGCAGGUGAGCCAGCUGUCCUCUCUGGUGGAGUCCCAGGUGCAGUAUCACAGGCAGGCCGUGCAGAUUCUGGAGGAGCUAUACGAGAAGCUGGGACAAAGGGUGACUGAGGCCCAGUCCCGGCCCCGGCGUGAGUACACCCCCAAGCCAAAGCCCACCAUGGACUACGGGGAGCCCGAGCAGGCGAGCCGAGGCUACGCGGCCCCCGCGGCUAACCCUCCCUCAUACUCGGCCGGUAAGCCUCUGAUGGGUGCUUGCGUGAACUUGAACCAGCCACCGUUUGCUGCCUUACUCAACUCGGAGGCCAGCUGUAAGGCCCUGUACGACUUUGAGGCCGAGAACCCCGGCGAGCUGAGCUUCCGCGAGGGCGACCUCAUCACCCUGACCAGCCGCAUCGACGAGAACUGGUUCGAGGGCACCGUGCAAGGCCGUGUGGGAUUCUUCCCCAACAACUACGUUGAGGUGGUGGUCCCACUGAGCCACUGAAGACGGGCUGAACAAAGAGGAAGAGGAGGAAGAGCAGGAAGGGAUGACGGUGAUUAUGAUGAUGUGAGACAUUCAAUCGUUUAAAGGGGCAUUCCGGAAUGGGAUUUUCUUUUAUAAAAGAUCUCCAUAAAGGCAAAGGCAAAUUUCCGUGGCCUACUAAUAACUAGCUAUAUAUAAGGACAAAUACAGAUGGGUGGGAUUUGAAAAAUAAGUAAAAUUACAAAAAGGGAAAGCACAAUUUGUGAGUGUGCUCAUAUUGCUCUCACAUUCUCGCUAUCCAAGUACUUCCUGCACAAGCCGGUGCUGAUGAAGAAGGGCUGUUCUGUUCGUUAAAAAGUGCAAAUACUUUAUACUGAAAUUGCAUUGUUUAAGGGAAACUAAAAAACAUAUUGAAUACAUUCUCUGCUUAUCAAUUAUUCACCACACGAAUAGGACUCAUAAAUGAUUAUGAACAUUAUCUUGCUCCAUUAAGUUUUACUUUAUUUCUUAUCUCUCUGCCUCCCUAUGAUGGCAAUCUAGAUUUCUUAUGCUUUGCUGCCAUCUAGCAGUGCACACAGCUGGUUCAGUUGAGAACGGUCGUAAUAAGACUCGCCUGUAGGGGGCGUACUUUCCUCAUAGUGGUUUCAGCAUCUUGAUAAUAAGGGGACACUUUCUGCGUUCUGAACGUCCCAGCAAGCUUUCUGUCACAUAGGCCUUAUAGUUUGUAUCAGGAUUAUUGUUUUAGUGCAAUCUCCACAUACUCGCAUACACAAACAUAGUUGAAUAUUUGUUUAGAAUAAUCUGUGAGUUGUUGCAUCAAACCUCUUCUGUGUUUAAAUGAACGUUUGAAGCAGAACCUUGUAAACAUAUCAUUUCAAAGGAAACUUGAAAUCUGUUCAGGUACAGGAAAGAAACUGCUGCUGUAUAAUUUACUAUCAACCCCCCUUUUUCUCACAUUUGUACUAUCUUACUUAAAACCAAUAACACUAACUGCCGGUUCUUCAGAAGAAUACUAAAGCCAUAAACACAGCCCUAACUGGUGUUUUCUGAGGCUUAGAUAUGGUACUGCUGGCAGUAUCGCUGACAAAUCCUUGUGGGCCUCGUCCCCAUUGUUUACCGAUAACCUCACUGUGAGCUUGUCUAUACUUUUAUGGACGGUAAUUACACGGGCAAAUCCUGUCGCUAUGUAAAACUAUGCUUUGGCGUCAAAUGGAAAAUGCAUUAGACAAGUUGUGGGCAUGCUCCUAGCCGGAAAACCUAGAGCCUCUCCCCCUCCCUAUUGUGUACAUUCUUAAGGAGCGCCUCAGGUUUUACUAACAUUUAAGCCUAUUAGGGAGAAACCAAGCACUGUAACUAUCUGCUCUGGGUGAAGUUUCUCCUAUCGGCAUCUCUGUUAUGAAAGCAGCUGCUCUCCCAACUCGUCUCCCUCUAAACUGGAAGUGGAACAGACGGGUCUUCAUAGAGACGAAGGGCAAACAACAGCGGAUUAUGCCCCGCCCCCUCCUCUCCCGACCCCUCUCUAUUUACCACCUGCCCCUGCUGCACCCCUGUCUACUCUCCAGCUCAUCCUCCCCGCCCCAGACCAAUACCCCCCCCCCCCCCCCAACCUCCUUCUUUGAGCCAUCACUCUUAAUCUUUCCACUUACAGUAGCACACACAUAAACGGUGGGCCUGCAUGCAUUUUGUGGGUCAUUUGUAUGUGCAUUGUAUUCUGAAGGCCAUAGACUUCUCUAGCUGUGUGCUGAGUCAUCGACCAGCGUGGGGACCAGGUGUGGGAAGGCCCACCUCGUUAAGGGUCACCGUAAAACCGGUUGGGAGGGUUAGGAGGGUGUGGUGUGUUGGCAUAGUUUAGGUUGCUCGCAACACGCACCGUAAAACGUGGAUGAUGAAUGAUUUAACGUCACAUAUUGCUCACAUCAUUUAAUUUGUGCAUUUAUGCGUGUGCUGCUGUCGAUGCAGGAUUAGGAGUUCUAUAGUGGUGGCUGUCCUUUUUUAUUUUUAUUUUUUUUGACCUGAUGAUCUAUGACGGGCCAGCCCGUUGCAUCAAAACAGAAGCAUCAGAUGCAGUGUUUGUAAGAAAUAAGUAUUAUCUGACCGUAUAGCUUUAUGUUAAUAUGUUGAAUAUAAAUAAUAUUUUCUGUGUAUGUAUUUUUGUGCCAUGCAUGUGUCUUCAUAAUUGCUUUUCGGGAUGUCCAAUGCAAUAUCACAUUGUUGUAAUUGUGAGACUGGGAAGAAAAAAAGCAGGAUUAUCCCCGAUUAUUAUUUUUUUUAAGGAUAAACGGAUUAUCCCCGUUAUCCUGCAUAAUGUUUAACCUGAAAUGUUGUCUAUUAAUAUGUUGAGGUGGAUGGAUGCUCCCUUUUUUCUUUAUAAAAUAAAUGAUGGAUACGUUUAAAAAAGGUUUGGUUUUU